AUUGAUGGCAAGUGAAAGAAUACAUAAGUAUGAAGAAUCAAAAGGUUCAGUAUAGAAAAUUGAUUGAUUAGAUUUUAUUUAGAAAUGCAAGCAAAAGAAUUGUUUUUCAAAUAGUUAUGGAAGUCCAUUUUGUUUAGUGAAGAAAUUUAAUGAUCAUAAUAUUCUAAAGGAAAGUUAUAAUAAGAUGAAUGUGAGAGGAGAUGAAAAAGGAGGAUUAAAUGAUCGUCUUUAGAAAUAUCGAUCUUAGGCUUAGUUGGCUUUGGAUAAAUUAGAAACAGGUGAAUGAUAUGCUAAUUUUAGGUAGAUUACAAAUACUAGAAGUAAUUGUUAAUAAGAUAGAUGUAGUAAAAGUGUUAAGAGGAAGAGGAACAAAUGUAACAUAGAAUUUAAGUACGAAUGAAGAAAGCUUAGUAAUAAUGAAUAUUUAAUAUAUAUAU